AUGGCUGCCCCGCGCACCAACGCCUCCGCCGCCGACCGCGUUCCACUUUCGGCCGUCCUGCCGCCGCUGGUGCUCGGUACGGCCACCUUCAACUACCAAUACGUGUCGGACCCCGACCGCAUGCCUUCUUUCGACAUCGUCUCGCGUGCCCUCGACCUCGGCGUCAGGGCCUUCGAUACUUCCCCCUACUACGGCCCCUCCGAGGCUAUCCUCGGCUCCGCCCUGCGUGCCCUCUCCCCGCCCCGCGAGUCCUACUUCCUCGUCACAAAGGCCGGUCGUAUCGCCCCGGCCGAGUUCGACUACUCCCCGGCCUGGAUCCGCGCAUCCGUCCGCCGCAGCCUCGAGCGCCUCAAUACCUCCCACCUCGACCUUGUCUACACCCACGACGCAGAGUAUGUCUCCCCCGACGACGUCGUCGCCGCCGUCCGCGAGCUGCGCCUACUCCGCGACGAGGAGGCUCUCGUCCGCUACGUCGGCAUCUGCGGCUAUCCCGUGCCCGUCCUGUGCGAGCUCGCCGAGAAGGUACUCCGUGAGACCGGCGAGCCCGUUGACGCCGUCCAGUCCUUUUCCCACUUUUGCAUACAGAAUAACACCCUCGGCAGCGACGCCGUCCUGUCGCGGCUGCGGGCCGCCGGCGUCUCCGUCGUCACCAACGCGAGUAUGCUGAGCAUGGGCCUUCUCACAACCCGCGGCGUCGACGACGGGCCCAUGGCGAGCUGGCAUCCCGCCCCGAGCCCCUUACGCAAGUCGUGCAAGGGACUUGCCGGCAUCGCCGAGGGCGUCGGCGAGAAGAUGGAGGAGGUCGCGCUAUACUGGGCCAUGGCGAACUGGGCUCGCGUCGGCGCCGCCUUUGGCAGCGAGGUACUGUCGCCUGCCUACAAUAGUCCCGCCAAGGUCGGUGUCAGCGUCAUGGGUGUCACCUCCGUCUCUGAGUUGGAGGAGACGGUCGCCGCCUGGCAGAGCAUGCUUCGCGAGUUGGCAGCCGAGAGCAGCACUGACAAGACCCCGACCGAUGCCUCCCUUCUGAGUAGAUAUAACAAGAUUGAGCGCCUCGUGACGGAGCAUAUGUGGCCGGCCUUGGGAGAGUGGCGCAAUUACAGCUGGGCCAGUCCUGACGAGAAUUUUGUGAACCAGCGUACGCAGACCUCUGAUGCAGCCGCCGUGGUUGAUGCUGCCACGUCCACACUUGCUGCUGCCGCCGAGUCUCAUCUGUAG